CAGUCAGGGUUUCUUUUCUUACGGUGACCUGCUGAGAUGGAUCGCAGACAGAGGCAGGCGGCUCUCUCUUUCCUGAACACCAUCUCUCUGGAUGGAAAGCCAGUGGAGGCGAAUGGGGAUCUUGGUAAAGCUGAAAAUGGAGCCAGAGUCAUGCUUUCAGCAUCUGCUCCAAUCAUAAGAUCACAGACGGAUUCAGGAGAACAACACUCCAGUAAAGAGGAGUGUGAAGACCAGACGGGGAGCACAGUGAGAACAUCUCUUCUGGACAAUGAAUCCAAAGUGAACAUCUCCAAAGAGCUUCAGAGGUCUAGUUUUUUUUUUUUUUUUUUCCUUUCAAAACCUCUCCUGGAAUAUUCAGCACUAUUGAAAUACUUUUGAGACAUUUUAAAUGACCGAUUGUGUGAGCACUGCAAUGUAAACUAUUAUUCACUGUGUUCUCUUACAGUAAGACUUGCAUAAGUGACGUAUGUCCCAGGAGCAGCAGACGGAUUCACUUCAUCAAAAACAUGAGACAACAUGACACUCGCAAUGGAAGGAUAGUUUUGAUCAGUGCUAGAAGAGCUUUAUACGGGAUGUUUUCUGCCCUGCCCUAUCGAGACUUCAGUCAGAUCAACGAUCAAAGGUUAGACUGCGGACAUCAGAAGAGCUUCAGUGGAGCGACUAAAGACGCAGUGAUUGGUCUGGACGGUGUUGAACCUGGAGUCAAGGGUAAGACAGUGUCGUACACAAAACUUCUGUCUCACACGAAUGCCUUGAGUGACAGCAGUGGCGGCCCUGACGUCUUCACACGGCAUUCUGGGUCACAAUGUGUUUUGAGUCCAGCAUGUAGUGUCCUCUCUCAGACUGGCACAAAGAGAGGAUUCAAAGGGAGAAACAUUGAUGAUUAUGACCCAAAUCUUCUGGAUGACCCUCAGUGGCCGUGUGGGAAACACAAACGAGUGAUUGUCUUUCCAUCUUAUAUGACUUCGGUCAUUGAAUAUGUGAAGCCCUCCGACCUGAAGAAAGACAUGAACGAAACAUUCAGCGAAAAGUUUCCUCAUGUUCAACUGACCCUCAGCAAAAUCAGAAGUCUGAAAAGAGAGAUCCGUAAGUUGGCCCAGGAGGACUGUGGGUAUGAAGAACCGACAAUUGCUAUGGCUCAUGUCUACUUUGAAAAACUCGCCCUGCACGGUAAACUGGACAAGCAGAAUCGCAAACUUUGCGCUGGAGCUUGUAUCCUACUCGCUGCCAAAAUAAGCAAUGACCUCAAGAAGCCAGAGGUCAAGCACCUUAUAGAUAGACUGGAGGAGAGACUGCGUUUGAAUCGCAGGGAACUUUUAUCACUGGAGUUUCCCGUGCUGGUGGCGCUCGAGUUUAAACUGCAUUUGCCACAGCAUGAGAUCUUACCGCACUACAGACGCCUGCUGCAGACCACCUGAACCCAGACCAGAUCCUCAAAACCUACAUUAUUUGCUCUGUAUUUAACUUACAGAUCAAGUGUAAUUACAAAUAUUUGAAAUCAAAUUCUGUUACAUCAUUUAAUUGUAUUUUUCAUCAGAAAACAUCUUUGAAAAAUGGUCAAUGGAAUUCUUUUAUUUACUUUUGCAAAAAAGUGAUUUAAAAUACUAAGAAAACAGAAUUAUUUCAUAAUAAAAUACAUGGUCAAUUUCAAUGAGAGAAGCUUUAGAAAUACAAAAUUACAGUAUACAAAGUGUCUCUGAAAUACAGUAAAUGCAAUAAUAAAUCACAGUACUUUUUGCAGGACUAAUUUUUUACCACAUCUUUAUGUAACAAAAAUAUUUUUAAAAACCACAUUAGAGCUACAGAGGGCUCAUGCACUGAUGUUUUCCCAUUUCAUCUUAAUUCAUUCUCAUAAAGCAUACUGAUCUAAGGUGGGACAGUAUUCAGGAUGUGAUCCAGGACUCUUAAAAGUAAACACUGCAGGACAAUGAUGUGGAAAGGUUGAACACUAACAGGAAGUACAAACACUGCUUCUGAAAUAGAACAUCUUGAAAAAUUGUACAAAACUUCUGGUGCAAAAACAGAACAGAGUCUGAAUUAGACUACAAUUAACUGCCCACAUUAAAAUGUAGGAAAUUACAGUAAAUGGUAAACAACUAUAUAUAUAAUUUUUUUCCCCAAAUAUUUGGUUUAAAGUGUCUCAGACUGGAAAUAAGGGGGUGAAAAGAGAAGUAAAUAGAAAAAUACAGAAAAACAAAAGGAGUAAAAAAAGA